AUGCGUCUCUCAAUCGCCGUCUUCACCUCGGUCUCGCUUGUAUGGAAUGUUCUAGGUGCGCCGGACCGACCGCUCAAGAGCAUCGUGGCUCGCAGCAAAAGCAAUACCGCGGAACGAUCUAGCCUACAUCACAUCCGCGACUCAUCAUGUAUGGACGACAAUGAAGCUCAGCAGGUCGCCACUAAUUUCAAGAACCUCAUCGUUGAAUACAGCGAGGAACUGGCAAAUUCAUCUCUGACUGUAGAGUUUAAAGACUACAGCGACUCGGUGAUUGAACUGAUCAACUCGGGUUGUCCCAACACUCUGCAGGAUCUCGGCACAGCUACUUUCAACAGUCGCGCUGAAUUCAUCGCGGGCCAGAGUCAACAGCCCUCUAUACCGUGGGAGCAGCUCAAUAUUUGGCAUACUUGCACCUCCGUCUUUGUUCGCUGGGUCUCCAAGGGCGAGGGGCAGGAACCCGAGCAAGUUACAGGCAUCGUUGUCCUUGAGACGAAAUACGAUUCUGAGAGCUGGGUCAUCCACACGGUGUACUCUGAAUUCAAUAGCGGUGCAUGGCUGGUGAACCUUGGACUUUUCGAGCCGAGCUGUUCUGCUUGA